AUGGCCAGCAGGGGCCAGGUGGGAGGGGCCGGAGAGGAGCCCUGCCGCAGAGGUCCUGCACGGCAGGACCCAAGUCCCCAGAGGCACGUAUGUGGCCUCCUCGUCGUCCACGUUGCCAGCCCCACGCCCAUCACAGGCCCCGGAAGGCCACCGCCGGUCUGUCUCUCACGACUGCCCCCAGAGGGCCCGAACUCAGGGGCGCCCGCCUUCCAGCAGGAGGAGGAGGGGGGCGGGCCAGCAGGUUCCCCGGGCUCCAGAGCAGGGCCAGGCUGGGCGGGGCCUGCCCGUGACUCCUCCCAACCCCGGUCACUGGGGUUGGCAGGGGGUCAGGGGCCACCUGAGCCGUGGGGAGGCGGAGGGGUCUGGCUCCCCCUCUCUCUCCCACAGCCCCACGAGGGGGCUGUGGCGCUCCACUCUCCUCCCCGGGGCGCCCUGAGACCCAAGCCCCGCACUGGCUUCUCCGGGGCCUCCUGCGCGACCUGGUGCUGCGACCCAGGCCCAGGCUGCUGGAGCCUUCUCCACGCACAGCGCCCCUUCCGCUCGGGGCGUCCGGGACGGACUCCUGGCUGCGGCCGGCCUCCUACCGUCCAGCGACGCGGAGCGGCGGCAACGGGGCGCGUGGAGAGGGAAACGAGCCGACGAGCCAGGGAAGAGACGAACGGCCAUCUGAAGGGACAGGAGAGGGGACAGGAGAGGGACCACGAGACGGCGGAACGGGACACAGCUGACACUGGAAGCAGCAGCCCCGGAAACCUUCGAUCUUACCGGCUGGAGGACCCAGAGAACAACGUUGGAGGCAGCCUGGGGAACUGGCCAGGGCAGGGGAGUCCCAGAAAGGAGGGGGAGCCCCGAAUCUGCGUGUGUGCCCCGCUCAUCUCUCUGCUGCGGACAGAAUGUGCACCCAGCCUGGCCCACAGGGAAGGAGCGGACCUUUCUGUCCUGGCAAACAAACCAUAUCCUUUCCUCCGUGGAUCUUGGCAUUUGUAAGGGGCCCCAAAGUGUCCUGACUUCUCUGACCCAAACUGCAGGGGCAGCGUCCGGUCCCCGCCAUUCCCGCGGGGUCUCCUGCGGGGCCUCCUGGGGUCACACGGGCGCUGGACGUAUGUGGCUCAAGCAAGGAAGUGAGCAGCCACGGUUCCGGGAAUUCACGAAGGCUGAGCGAGCCUACAACUCUCUGCCAGCACCGCCGAUACGCACCACGAGCGGGAGACCUGGCCACGAGGAGCGCGUGGGCUCGGGUGGGCUCCCCUCCACGCGUGUGGUGGCGCCCGCGGAGGGGCCCGUCCGCUCCGCCGGGUCGUGUGGGGUCAGCGCUGCGCUGCGGCCCAGCCUCUGCGGCCACUCCCGCUCCACGUGUGGCCCCGCUGUCCCCUCUGGGCUCAGGUCCGGCGUGGCCGAACCGAGCUCCCACGGGCCGGGCGGCUUAGCGCAUCAGAGGCGUGUUCUUGCGGCCCUGGCCGCCCUCCUGGAGGACCCAUCCCCGCCUCCCCGAGCCUCUGGGGAGGCGGGCGAUCCGGGGUGUCCUGGGCUUACAGACGCAUCACCUCCCCUCUGCCUGCAAGGACACCUGGCCCGCCCGUGGCCAGCAUGGCCCCAUCUCCAGGACAUCUUCGAAGACCUCGUUCCCAAGUCAGGUCACGUUCUGAGCUUCUGAGAGUGAGGACUCAGUUUUGGAGACUGGUUGCGGGGGAACAUGACAUUUUUGGUGCCAAAGCCACAGAGAAUGCACAAGAGCUCACCGACGUCAAGAUCAAGGUUAAGGGGCACCUGGGUGGCUCAGUCAGUUGAGCGGCCGACUUCAGCUCAGGUCAUGAUCUUGCGGUCCGUGAGUUCGAGCCCCGCGUCGGGCUCUGUGCUGACAGCUCAGAGCCUGGAG